GUGUGUGUCACCAAAGUAGCUAACGUUAGCUUGCUAAAGUAACAUACAGCAACACGCUAGUAUUAGGAUGCUAAGGCUCGUAUGGCGUAGGUCGGCGUCCAAAAAUAGCCGCGUUGAGCCCGCACGCCUUUUAACUACAGCUAUUUUGGGAGCUGACAGUUCACAGCGGAACUCAGGGGGCAACAUAAGGUGCUUCAAACAAAUUCCCCACCCACCACGCGAGAAGUCACCGCUUCUCCACCCCCAGCCGGCCUGCUACCUCAGGCCGUCUGUCUUCAUGAGUAUGGCAUCAGGGGGUGAAGGCCCAUCUUCCCCUCCUCACAGGCACACCAACAGGUUAGCAAAUGAGAGGUCGCCCUACCUGCUGCAACAUGCACACAACCCUGUUGACUGGUAUCCAUGGGGACAAGAUGCUUUUGACAAAGCCAAGAAUGAAGACAAACCCAUCUUUUUAUCAGUGGGCUACUCAACGUGCCACUGGUGCCAUGUUAUGGAGAGGGAAUCUUUCGAGGAUGAGGAAAUUGGCAGAAUCCUUAGCGACAACUUUGUCUGCAUCAAAGUAGAUCGAGAAGAGAGACCUGAUGUUGACAAGGUCUACAUGACCUUUGUACAGGCAACAAGCGGAGGUGGAGGGUGGCCCAUGAGCGUUUGGUUGACCCCUGACCUCAGACCUUUCAUUGGAGGAACUUACUUCCCUCCCAGAGACCAUGGAAGACGACCUGGACUCAAGACAGUCCUCACCAGAAUCAUGGAACAGUGGCAGAAUAACCGUCCUGCUUUGGAGUCCAGUGGAGAGAGGAUCCUGGAAGCUCUAAAGAAAGGCACAGCUGUCGCUGCAAACCCAGGAGAGAGUCCUCCUCUGGCCCCAGAUGUUGCUAAUCGCUGCUUCCAGCAGCUGGCCCAUUCUUACGAGGAGGAGUACGGAGGUUUCAGAGAUGCUCCCAAGUUCCCCACACCAGUAAAUCUGAUGUUCCUCAUGUCUUACUGGUCUGUGAAUCGCUCCACCUCAGAAGGGAUCGAAGCUCUUCAGAUGGCCUUGCACACACUCCGCAUGAUGGCACUGGGAGGCAUCCACGACCAUGUGGCACAGGGUUUUCAUCGUUACUCUACAGAUUUCUCCUGGCACGUCCCCCACUUUGAAAAGAUGUUGUAUGACCAAGCUCAGUUGGCUGUAGCCUACAUAACUGCCUCCCAGGUAUCGGGUGAGCAGCUUUUUGCAGAUGUGGCUAAGGACAUACUGCUCUACGUCUCCAGAGACCUGAGCGACAAGUCUGGGGGCUUCUACAGUGCAGAGGACGCAGACUCUGUCCCAGCAUCGGGGGGAUCAGAAAAGCGAGAGGGGGCUUUCUGUGUCUGGACAGCCUCAGAAGUUCGGGAGCUGUUGCCAGAUGUGGUGGAAGGCGCCACUGGAGCUGCCACCCAAGCAGACAUCUUUAUGCACCACUAUGGAGUCAAGGAACAGGGCAAUGUUGCUCCAGAACAGGACCCCCAUGGGGAGCUGCAAGGCCAGAACGUGCUGAUUGUGCGUUAUUCAGUGGAGUUAACGGCUGCUCGCUUUGGCAUCAGCGUGGAGAAGGUCCACGAGCUCCUGGCCUCUGCCAGAGCCAAAAUGGCGGAAGUGAGGAAGAGUCGGCCACGCCCACAUCUCGACACCAAGAUGCUGGCUUCCUGGAAUGGUCUGAUGCUUUCGGCCUAUGCUCGUGUUGGAGCCGUGCUGGGGGACAAGGCCCUGCUGGAGAGGGCUGCGCAUGCCGGCAACUUCCUAAAGGAGCACCUGUGGGAUGCUGACCGACAGGCUGUCCUCCGGUCCUGUUACCGUGGAGACCAGAUGGAAGUGCAACAGAUAUCUCCACCUAUCUCCGGCUUCCUGGAUGACUACGCCUUCAUCAUCUGUGGCUUGUUGGACCUGUAUGAGGCCACGCUGCAGACAGAGUGGUUGCAGUGGGCUGAGGAGCUGCAGCUCCGGCAGGACGCGCUGUUCUGGGAUGAUCAGGGAGGAGGCUACUUCUGCAGCGAUCCCAGCGACAGCACCGUGCUGCUGCAGCUCAAAGAGGAUCAGGACGGAGCUGAGCCCAGUGCUAACUCAGUGUCGGCGUCCAAUCUCCUGCGUCUGUCCCACUACACUGGAAGACAGGAGUGGCUUCAGAGGUCCCGACAGCUGCUGACAGCGUUCUCUGACCGGCUGACGAGGGUCCCCAUAGCCCUGCCCGAAAUGGUCCGGGCUCUUAUGGCCGAGCACUACACGCUUAAACAGAUUGUGAUCUGUGGCCAGAGGGAUGCCCCGGACACCACAAGCCUGCUAGCCGCAGUCAACUCCCUCUUCCUACCACAUAAGGUCCUGAUGCUCAUUGACGGCGAUGAGAGUUUCCUGUGCCAGCGUCUGCCCGUCCUCUCCUCCAUGUCACAGCAUGGCGGCGUCGCCACAGCCUACGUCUGCCAGGACUUUACCUGUUCUCUCCCUGUCACUGACCCUCAGGAACUGCGACGGCUGCUGCUGGAUGGUACCACAGAAUGAUGACCAAAGAAUUUUACUGACUGAGAUUCAACUGGAGGGUUGUUAUCCUCGAAGACUUCACUCCUUCAGUCUGCAGCCCUAGCCUAGCUUAUUCUUUUUGCUGCUUUUGGCUAAUGAGUCUGGCUUUGCCAUAAAACAAUGCCAAUGCUCCAAAAGUCAGUAUGCAUCAGUAGGAGUAGUUACCAUGAGGUGACUGGGGCCAGACUUGUAACUCCAGCCUAUUCUUUAUUAUUAGCAAGACCAGCUAAGUAUUACCUCAAAUAUCAACUCAAGUUUUUUCGUACAGAAAACACGUAGCACUUAUACUACAUGUCCCGGCUUGACUGUUAGUCCAGCAGCGAACUACAGACCAUACAGACCAUAACCUAAGACCUCUCGGAUGAAUUGGAGCGACAGUAUAUAUCCCUUUGUUCCAGCAUCCGUGUCACAUGAAUCUGAGCGUGGAGACCUGCAUGCCUUGGUUGGGUGUGUGUGUUCGAGUGUAUAAAGAAGGUUGGUUGGCAGGUUUGUAUCUAUCCAUGUAUAUAAAUUUGAAAAGUUUAUUGUAUGCGUUUCCUUUAAUUUGUAAUAACCUCACUGUGAAGGAGCUCCUCUCUAAUGACUCUCACCCUCGUUGGUUUGUCUGUUCUCUUGGAUUCUUCCUUGCUUCUGCAGAUACUCCUGUCCCCUGACUUUCAUCUUCAGGUUUAGACAACAGCCAUACACAGCAUGUAAAUGCACCUCCCUGAAUAAUAAAGUUGGAAAGGUUCCUUUUACUGGCUUUAAGACUUGAGGAACACUAGAAUAAAUGACAGAAUAAAU